GUGCUCAAGAAUGCUGUUCUGAAACAUGUGCGUUUAGUGACUCCAGCCAUGCGGCCUCUUAUGUUUGUACGUCACGAGUCAGUUUCGGCUGCUCAUAUAGAAGAGCAUGGUUUUGAGAGCACCAAAAUUGCCGACAUUCUGAAAGCUAAAGGGAAAAACGCAGAUGGGUCCUGGCUUUGGUGCACAACUGAGGAUACUGUAUAUGAUGCAGUGAAGUCGAUGACACAGCACAAUGUUGGAGCAUUGGUGGUUGUCAAACCCGGGGAGCAGAAGUCAAUUGCUGGAAUUAUCACGGAAAGAGAUUAUCUCAGGAAAAUAAUCGUACAGGGAAGGUCGUCAAAGUCGACCAAGGUUGGAGACAUUAUGACUGAAGAGGUAUACUUUCAAUGGAAAUUUUUAAAAAUAUUUUAUUUUCACUGCCGAAAUUUGGUCCUUUGUGUCCGUCAUCGGAGUGAAAUGCAAGAGAUUUUGAAGAUUGGAAUAUACUACUUGUACAUAAUGCGAUGUCCAUAAUAAUGUCCACCCCCCUCACAUGAAGGGAGACUCACUUCGAAUAAAUUAUAUUUUAUUUGAAAUGGAUCCCCCUCCAUGUGAGGAGGU